AUGAAGGCGCUGGAACAAUGUCUGCCAUCCAUUAUGAAUAUGAGCCGGGCACCAAGAACUGUGAAGAAGUACGACUCUGCUUUCUGUAGAUGGAGCAAAUGGGCAGAGCGUCAGAAGGUGCCUCAUCUGCCAGCAGACCCACUUCAUGUAGCCCUAUAUCUGGUCUACAUCAUGCAAGAUGCCAAAACUGUCAGCCCAUUGGUCUCAGCCGUGUGGGCCUUGUCAUGGAAGCAUGAUAUCCAGGGAUACCCAGACCCAUGCUCUAACGGGGUGGUGAAGAAUGUGAUGCAGGCAGCCAAACGCUCUCUGGCUCGACCGAAGGAUAGAAAAUUGUCAUUAUCAAAACCACUUCUGGAGCGCCUCCAUCGGGAACUAUCAAGCUCAUCACUGCAAGACCUGCAGACCCUAACCCUCAUAGUACUGGGUCAUUCUGGUAUGAUGAGGUGGGAUGAUUUGGCCAACAUCUUCGUGGACGAGGUAGCCAUCAAGUCAUCGCAUAUGGCGGUCUUCCUGCAAGUUCGCAAGAAUGACCAACUGAGGCAAGGUAGCUGGGUGUUCAUCAGCCGGUGGGAGAGUGACCUGAGCCCGGUAUCGCAAGUGGAGCAUCUGAUUGAAAAAGGAGGGCACCAAGGUCAUGUCAAGCUGUUCGGGCGUAUAGCUCGUGUAAAGGGCAGGACCGCCAUCAGGCACUCGCUAUCCUAUAGCAGAGCAAGAGAGCUAGUGCGUAAAGCUCUGAAGCGUAUCGGCGUAAACCCAGAUGGGUAUGGUUUACACGGUUUGAGGUCGGGAGGUGCAUCCACGGCUGCUGCACCAGGAGUACCAGAUAGGCUCAUUCAGCGACAGGGAGGAUGGAGAAGUGAUGCUAUGAAGGCUUACAUUCAAGAGUCCCUGCCCAAUCUGCUGCAGGUGUCCCAAGUGCUAGCUGUGUGA